AAAUGAUGUCACGAAAUGGCAAGGGAGUAUGCUCUUUUGAAAACUCUACCCCCACUACCCCACACCCCACCCACCCCUCCCACCCUUCAUUUGCUCUAUAUCAUCCAAAGAUCACCAUAAAAAUACAAUCUUUAAGGUUCUAUAUACCUUUAGAUCUACGUUACUACUUACUAUACCCCCAAGAAUCAAUACUUUUUUUUCAUUUUUCCCCAAAUCUCGAGGUAGUUAUUUUUUUUUUUUUUUUUUUUUGAACAAAUAAAGAAUCCAAAUUAGGAUUCCAUGGAUGUUGUUUGAACUUUCUUGGGGCAAAAAAGGUUUGAGUCUUGAAUAGUAUGCUAGUGUUGAGGGAGCAAAGAAGAAGAAUCAGUGGUGAAAAAUGCAGAAUGCUAUGAAGAGAAGCGUUGAAGCUGCAAAGACUAAAGAAAGACAUAUUGUUUCUUGGUCACAAGAGGAGGAUGAUAUACUAAGAGAGCAAAUUCGAAUCCAUGGAACAGACAAUUGGACGAUCAUCGCAUCGAAGUUCAAGGAUAAAACAACAAGGCAAUGCAGAAGAAGAUGGUUCACUUAUUUGAACUCUGAUUUCAAGAAAGGAGGGUGGUCACCUGAAGAAGAUAUACUUUUAUGUGAGGCUCAAAAGAUCUUUGGUAACAGAUGGACUGAAAUUGCAAAGGUGGUUUCAGGCAGGACCGAUAACGCUGUGAAGAAUCGGUUCACUACACUGUGCAAAAAGAGAGCAAAGCAUGAGGCUUUGGCUAAAGAAAACAGCAAUUCAUACAUUAAUCUGAAUAACAAGAGGGUUAUAUUUCCAAGUGGCCUUAAUAUGGAUAACAUAACAGAAGCUACUGCUCCUAUUAAAAAGCUGAGGAGGAGUGACAUUUCAGAUGUCCUUCAAAUUGGUAACGAGGGAGAAAAAUCUAUGGGUGAUUGUGGAACUACAAAUCCAUUACUAAGACAUCCAUUUGCAGUACUAGCUCAAAACUUGCAUAAUGCUGGGGAAAACCUGGCAUCUCAUCAGCGGACUACUGGAAGUGGUAGUGACAACAAAACUCAAGGAACAUUCCUUAAAAAAGAUGAUCCAAAGGUACAUGUUUUGAUGCAACAAGCAGAGCUGCUAAGCUCACUGGCUAUGAAAGUGAACACAGAGAAUACAGAUCAAAGCCUUGAAAAUGCGUGGAAGAUACUCCAAGAUUUUCUUCAACAAACAAAGGAUGGUGAUAUGCUCAAGUUCCAGCUCCCUGAGAUGAAUUUUGAACCUGGUGAUUAUAAGAACCUGAUAGCAGAUUCAAGAAGUAGUAAUGAAGGCACUCAACCAUCUUGGAGGCAACCUGCUUUAUCUGAAGAUUCUGCUGGCAGUUCUGAGUAUAGUACGGGAUCAACUCUGCUAUCCCAUGCACUGGCUGAUAAAACAGAAGAAAGUCAAGCUGAGGUGUGUGCACAUCAUCAGGAUAUUGAAUCUGAAUUACGAACGUCUCAGAUUAGUGAUCAAGCUGGGCUUCAUGAAUUAGAAAAUGGAAUCUCUUGCCGUGUAUCCACCACUCGAGAUACUUUGCCAGUUUGUGAUGAAGAAAAAGUUAAUAAUGGACCUGCUACCGCUGAGUGUGAAUUUCUGAAUACAGAUUUCAGUUCUCCUCAUCAAGUAACUCCACUGUUCAGAUCUUUAGCUGCAGAAAUUCCCACUCCAAAGUUUUCAGAAAGUGAGAGACAGUUCCUAUUGAAAACACUUGGAGUGGAGUCCACAUCCCUGCAUCCAGGCACUAAUCUUUCGCAACCUCCAUCGUGCAAAAGAGCCCUCCUCCAUAGUCUAUAACCAACUUUACUGAUCAAACCUCACAAAAGAUUCUGCCGCGAGCAGUAUCACCAUAACUUUGAUCAACAGUUUCUCUUAUAUGUAGUCUACUCAAUUUUCGGAGUUCUUUUUGUUUGGAUUGCAGUCUCUAUGACCUAUGUUUUUUUCAAGAGGCCUUGGAAGAUCCGGUCUGCACCCUAGAAUGCAACGGAGGCAUUCUAGCUUUUUCUUUGGAGAUCUGACAGAUGAUCUGCAUCCUUUUUGGAGUUUCCGACCUAAUACUCACAGUAUCUAGUGUGUGUUCUUUUAUUGUUUCUCAUUCUUUGGUGUGUUGUUUAUGGAACACGAAUGGGGGUAUUUGAUGUUCCAUAAGUUUUCGGCUUUUAAUUAGCCAGUUGUACAGAAGAAAUCAUUGUACUUAUAAAUUGGCACCUCGCCAAGGUUAUAGAAAAUAUUCGAUAAGACAGAAAAAAAGAGAAGGAAAUCAUAGGGAGAGGUACGAGGACCAACAAGUCGAAUUGGCCUCCUACCUCAGUUUCUAUUCAUAUAUUUUGUGUCUAGAUGUUAUAAUAAUAAGUUUCUAGGCUUCAUGUAAUGUAAACAUACUUUAUUUGAUUGGAGAAUGCAAUAUGGUUCGCGUGUGCGCA